CUCUAUCUCUCUCUCUCCCCUUGCAGCCGAGCCCAGCCCGGGCCAAGUCAAUUUUUGGCGCGAAGCAACACCUCGCAAUUCCAACAACCCCAACCUCACCCCCGUCACGACGCCAGCCUCGACCCGCGUGGCCGCACCCAGCAUCGACUGCGCUUCAUGGCCAUCGCACCACGGUGAUUGCCCAUCACCUCUGGCCGUGUAAUUGCCCACCCUGCCCGAGCGCUUGCCUGCCUGUGGCGCCGUACGACGCUUCAAGCCCCCAUCCCAAACCUCUCUCGCCAAGCGAGUGACCUAUCCGCGGCAUCGCGGUCCCCCGACGACGCGCAACCGGCCCAAACAAACCCCCCUUCCAGCUCCAACGAUGCCGCGCCGCUACUCACCCCCCGAGUCCCCCCUGUCCUCGAUGGGCUCCGACGAACCCUACGAGGAGGACGCCCACGACGAUGAUGACGAGGCUGCGGUCCGACCCUCAAAGCGCAUCAAGGUCGAGCCUGGCUCCGCGGCCUCCUCGGCGGCCGUCCACGACGCCGAGCCAGAGACGGUCCCCGAGCCCGAUCCGCUCGAGGGCAUGUCGGACGUAUCGUCGGAUACGUCGGGCGACAUCCCCAGCUCGCCCAUCAACGCGCGCCUCGACGAGGAAGACUUCCAGGACCAGGUGACCGUCUGCGACUGGGACGGCUGCCCGGCCGGCGACCAGGGCAACAUGGACAAGCUCGUCGAGCACAUUCACAACUCGCACAUUGAGAACCGGCAAAAAAAGUACACGUGCGAGUGGAAGAGCUGCACCCGCAAGGGCCUCCCUCACGCCAGCGGCUAUGCUCUCAAGGCCCAUAUGCGCAGCCACACGAGGGAGAAGCCUUUCUACUGCUACCUGCCUGAGUGCGACCGUUCCUUUACCCGAUCCGACGCCCUCGCAAAGCACAUGCGCACCGUGCACGAGACCGAGGCGCUCCGGCCGUCAGACCCCGUGCCCAAGUCGAUGCAGACGGGUCCCACGGGCAAGUCGGGCAAGCUCAAAAUCAUCAUCAAGACGACGCAGUCGCACGGUGCCGGACAAGAAGACGGCGCGGACGGGGCCGCCAAUGGCGAAGAUUCUAACUCGGAGUUUUUCACGGCCCUGACGAGCGACACCUUCACCGCCGACGAGCUGUCCCUGCCCGUAGACAAGCUGUACCGCAAAUGCUACUGGGAGUCCAAGUGGGCCGACGAAGUUGGCGACGCGCUCAAGAAGGAGUGCAAGGAUUGGGAGGAGGUGUACUACAAGGAGUGGCUGGAGAAGGAGGUGCUGCUCUCGCAGGUCAUCCAGAGCGAGGUGGACUGGCACGAGCGGCGGCAGGCCAUCAUCUCGGGCAAGGCCGACGUGCAGGUCCUCAACAACGCAUCUGACAGCCACGGCGAGGCCAAUACGAACGGCGUCAAGGACAAUGCAACCCCCACCCCGGCCGCGGAGCCGGCGCAGGUUGCGGCGGCGUAGUACGCGUCGCGGCCACGCCGAGCCACGCGCAGUUCGGCCGCCCCGAGCCUUGUCGAGGUGGCAGCGACGCAGAACUGGGCGGCCAGGAAACGGGGGCACGACCGCCACAGCGAGAAGACGCAGGGCAAAAUCGCGACCGGAGGGAGUUUGGGCGUUGGGCAUGUAUAUUACUAGAAGGGGUGGCGACUGCCCUGCUUUGACGAUGCGCCGUGGGACCGCAGAGCUUCAUGACGGCGGCCAAAAAGCGCUGGGAGUACUGGGAAUGUGGCAUGACAAGUGAUGCAAGAGAUUUUUUCAAAGCGUGCGUUGCAACAUGUUUGUGCAGUGGAGGAAGGGGGUCAGUUGCUGCAUCCAGGGCACUCAGUUCGGCCAAGUAGAGAGAGGCUCCCGAGGCAUACUACUUACUGUACCUGCAGCAGCGCUGUGAACAAUAUAAUACAGUACAAGCACGGUUUACAAAUGCAGAGGCGGUUCAAUAAAAUCUUCCGAAUCGGACAGGCGUCUGGCCGCCUUGUCCAUCACUG